CACAGGCGUGCACUGGGGCCAGGGCCCGGGGUCCUGCACUCAGGAUGGGGAAGGACAGUCUCUCCUCUCCGGGGCUGAGGGUGGGGGUGGGGAGCGUCGCCUCCGUGGGCCAGACCCAGAGCCGGGAGCUUGGGGUGCAGAGGCUGAAGGAGAAGGGUCCUUGGCCUUUGUCGCUCCCGUCGUCCCGGCAGGAGGGGGAGAGCCGCCGAUGCCUGCUGGCUCUGGGCAGCGGCUGCGGCGUGAGGCGCUCAACACCCGGCUCUCCCCCUCCUCCAACUGCGGGCUCUCUCCCCUCCAAUGAUCCGGACGAGGCGGGGCGGGGGCUCUGCCUUCAGGCCUCGGGAUGCCGGGCGCUGGCCCCAACCCACCCCCCCUGCGCCCACUCUCCAGCCGCGGGAGGCGGGGGCAGGCCGGCGCGGGGCUCUCAGUCCACCUCUGGGGGUGCCAGCUCCGGCCGCUGGGACCCGGGCCCUGGCUCCGGGCUCCAGCGGCUCCGCCCCCUCCUGCGCCUGCGCGGGCGCCGUCCGCUACGCAAACUGCGCGGGUCUCACCGCGGCCCCGGCCGCGCCCGGCGCGCAGCCGUCCGAGAACGGGCGCGGGCUACGCCGCCGGCGGUGCCGGGGUUACGCGGGGCGGCGGGCGGCCGAGCGCCGGGUGGGCCGGGCCCGGAGCCGCCGGUUCCCACGGCCCUCUCCCCCCAUCCCCAGGCCGAGAGGGCGGCAGCGGCUUCCCCUCGCCCCGUCUCCGAAGGAAACUUCCGCCCACAGCCAAGAUGGCCCUCGGGCCCCGCCCUCUGGGACGGAGCCCGCGCCCCCCGCCGCCCCCGGGGGCGCCCGCCCUCCGCCCUCGCGGGGCGCGGCUCCCGCUCACCUGGUCCGCCGCCCGCGGGGCGCAAAGUCCCCCCGAGCCGCGCGGCCACCCGCACGGGGGCCCUAUCCCUCCCGCGGCGCCGCGACAGUCAUCCUGCCGGGGAGGCGCCCGCUUAUCUCCAGGCUCCCCGGACUGACUGACGCGCGGGGAGUGCCCUGAGGCGUGCGGUGCGGGGCGAGGUCCCCCGUGGGGAGGCGGGGCCCGGCCCCCGGAGCGGACCGCGUCGUGACCGUGACCGCAGCGGCGAGGCGCCCGCGCUGGGCUCGAUGGGGCUUUGCUAGGUGCUUUCGCCGCCGCGCUCCGCACUCGGCUUACACAGCGCCCGGGCCCCUGCGGGAGGGGUCGUUAUCCCCAUCUUUCAGGGUCGGGAACUAAGUCCCGGAGGGGCUGAAGGACUUGUCAGCGGAAGCCAGACCCCGGAGGACCCCCCACCCGCUCCCACCCGCGCCC